UUGAGUAUUUCGAUGUUAUUCCUUUAACUGUUAUAGACCCCAUGCACAAUUUGUUCUUGGGCACUGCAAAGACAAUGUUCAAGACUUGGGUCAAAAAUGGCAUUUUGAGUAAGGAAGACUUAGAAGCGAUCAAGCAAAGAAUCAGUCACUUUGAUGUUGGAACUGGUCUUUGCAGACUUCCCUCUCAAAUAUAAUCAAACUACGGCUAACUACACAGAAUCCCAAUGGAAAAAUUGGACUUUAGUGUACUCUAUGUUUGUACUUGAUGGCAUUCUCCCAACAGAGCAUUUGGGAUGCUGGCAUGCAUUUGUACUGGCUUGCAAAUAUCGGGAGGUGCAGUGCUUCAACCCCCCAGUUCUGCUUUGGUAUGUUUGCUCAACGUCAUGAGAGUGAAGGGGAUUCCCCUUUGUUUUCUUUUCGUGACGGUGCUAUUUUCGGCACUUACACAAUGACUCUAUUGGCUGCUUGAAUUCUAAUCACAACGCAGUUUCGUACUGGCUUUGCAUUCUCUUCCAAAUUAUCAAACAGUAUGGAGCUAAGCCCGUCCGACAGCGACUUUUCUCUCCCUGCUGAGCUCGAGAAAAAACUCUUAUUUGACGACGACUACCCCGGUUCUCUUCCAUGGGACGACCCGUUUGUAGUGGACGAUACGAUUUCUGACGACGAAGCUGAUUAUUGCCGAAUGCCCUGGUUCGUUUACGAGGACAAAAAGACGGCCUACACAGAACUAAAAGACCGCUGCUGAAGGCAGAUGGAGGCUCUUCGGGAAUUGCAGGAACGGAGCGAAUCGUUCUUUACCGCCUUACCCGACAAAAUCAAGGAGGAGACGGAACGGCAACUCGAACGGGGAGAUGAGUAUGGUAAUGAGCCGCGGCGAAAGAAAGCCCGAGCCACCGCAACGCGAAAGAAAAAAGCGGAUAUAUUCACGGAUGAAGGUCUAAUGGAGCACCUUAAAGCACAACUAAGUGAGGUCGAACAAGACAGUGCAGCAAUCACAAACAUCGAGCCGACUGAGGACUGGGACACCAUUGCAAACAUGAUAAAGAGGGGAAUCAAAAGGCUGGGAAGUUUGAAGACUGGAAUCUUACGUCAUUCAUUUCGGCUUGGACAAUGGAUCACGCUCUCGAGAUCCCGUUUUCGCCAUAGGGGUGAUACGUCGUGUACAUGGAAAGAGUGGAUCGAAAAAGAGAUAGCAGGGUUCGUACGGGUCCUUGAAAACCUGGAAAGUACUUAAAUUUUGAAAUGUCAAAUUCAAGGUCUGUAAUAUCCUGGAAAAUUAUUUAAACUCUUUGGAAGUCCUUAAAAUUGUUCAGGGGUUUAAAAAAAAUAAAGUCAGUUUAGAAGCAUGUGUUCUUUAAUUCAUUUAUGUCAGAAAAUAUUUGUUAAAAACUUGAAUACUCGCGUGAACACCAGUUUGCGAAGCUGGCGUAGGUCCUUUGUGUGGGCUCCCUGUUGUUUGGGCGGGAAAAUGCAGGCCGCCUCUCGUUUUUGAGCGGGAAAAUAAGUGAGCUUAGCAUUCGCUCGCUACAAACAUUUUCUGCCUCCGUUCUUUAUCAAUGGUUCCAUGAUAUUGUUGUCCAAGUAUUAAUUAUGUUCGAGUAUUAAAUAAACGAGACACCGUUAUUCGUUAUGUGCUUAUAUUGUGCCACGCGUUUUCUGUGAUCUGCCAACCCUUGGCGGGGAAACUCUGUUACGUUUUCAUCCACAAAUUCAACACGAGGGAAAAUGGCUCAUUUGGAACGACUAAGUUUAUACUUAGGUUUCAUCAGAGACAAACGUCUUAAUUCAUUAGAAGAUUUAAAAGAAUUCCGAAAUAACUUGGUGACGAUCUUAUCUAAAAUUGAAAACGGACAACAACAAUUUGACAGAGAUUUCGUUUCAGAAUUCAGGUGUUUGUUGGAAAGCUACAGAAACACAGAGAGAAAAACUAAAGAGUUAUUAACUCAUUUUGAUCUUCUUGAAAAGGAAUUAGAGCAACUCCUAGACAUACGUAACAGGUACAGCUAAAAAUAUUUACUGAAGUUUAGACAUUGGUUUAUAGGCAUUCUCAAUUACACACGACCGCCAAGAAAACCGCCAAAAAACCUUGCGAAAGAACUCGUUUUUUUGCAAAGGUUUCCAUGACAACACUCCACGGUACUUUCGACUGCUUGUCUUGAUCUUUUUUACCAGAAAGUCCGUGCUACUCGCUGAAUUAGUCCUAUUUACCUAGGAGAUCAAUAUUUAGUACAAUUUAAAACUAUUGGCGUUUUAUUAUAAAUAGCAUUUACAAAAAAAUCGAUUUUUCACUUGAUCAUUUUGUUGGCGGUCGCGUGUAAACGAGAAUGGCUGUAAGCAUUAAAUUAAGCUUUCGUAAAAGCGGUGCGCUAAAUAUGGCAAUAAAGUCAAUGAUUAAAAUUUUGUGACUUUAUUUGUUCCCAUGUUGCAUCGCAUUUUAUUUCAUGAAAAAGGCACGCGUAUCAGGUAAUAAUUUUUAUAAUAUUAAUGAUAUAUGCUAAUAUAGCGCAACACUUCCUGAGCACUUAACGAUUUUCCCAACGAUUCGAAGUUGAAAAAAAUAUAUGCUUUCUAUAAUUACAGGCAACAAUGAUUCCCAAAGUGUCAAGAAUUUCCUGGAAACCGCAAGUAAGCAAAGAGAUGCAAAAAAUCAAGAAACAUCGAAACGUCAAGAAGUUCUAGAAUCCUACUGUUCCGCGAAUGACGUUCUUAGAGCAGAAGUCAUAUGGUCAAUAUAAGUAGUGAUGUCUCAUUAUAGUUAUAAAAGUUGCGAAGACAUCUCCACAUUAUUUAAACUAAUGUUUCUCGAUAGCACAGUUGCUGAUAAGUUUUCAUGUGGAGAAAAGAAAUGCGCUUACAUGGCCUGCUUUGGUAUAGCUGAGUUUUUUAAGCGAGAAUUGCAAGGGCGCAUACAGAAGCUUGACGAGUGGCUGGAAAACGUCCCAGUUGCAGUAAGAGCUCAAGAAAUUUGGGAUAAUAUCAAGACAUAUGUCCAAGCAGUGCUAUCGCAGAAGAAAUUCACGACUCCCACUUCGAAGUCUUUCAAAAUUGUGAGAGACGCCACGAAGGAUAUACUGGUCCCAGCCAAGAUGGCCGCAUUUGAAUCCGUUGCGAGCCAGCUUCAACCAUUUUUGACCGCAUUCCAAUCCGACAAUCCAAUACUUCCAUUUCUGGUGAGCAGGCUGCAGAAAGUCAUUCAAAGUCUCAUGAAGCGGUUUAUCAAGCCUGACGUACUACAACAAGCAAACUCGCCCAUAAAGCUUGCCAAGUUUGACUUGUCAAACAAGGAGAAUUAUCUCGAUGACAAGAAGGUUGAUGUCGGAUUUGUAGCACAGGCCAAGAUUAGAAAGCUUUUGUUAGACAAGAAAGUCAGCGGGCUUCAGGCAUUCCAGUUCAGAAAUGAGUUUCGAGAUUUCAUGAAGUCUGUAGUUAGUAAACUGCUGGAAAAGACCCCCAUCGCAUAUUCAGUGGCACGGAAUCUUGCGUUCCUAGAUCCUGCUGAAAUCGUUGAAGACAAGGAAGGAAGUAUCUCGAAGUUCAAGGUCGUACUGAAGAAGAUGGUCGAAUACAAGCGAGUGCAGAUGCCAGACUGCGAUGCCUUAGUUCACCAGUACACUGACUUUGCAGACAAGGCAGUUCUGGCCCAUAAAGAAGUCUUUCUGAAGUUUAAUUUUGUGAAAGACAGAUUGGAUACCUUCCUUGCACAGCACAUUGCUUCCCAGAGUUCGCUAGCUAAGCUUUGGAAGCUUGUCAAAGUACUUCUGGUUUUAUCACAUGGUCAAGCUACCGUGGAACGAGGUUUCUCAGUUAAUCGCCAAGUGAUGGUGGAAAACUUGCAAGAAAGAAGCUUCACUGCUCAGCGAGUCAUCCAUGAUCACAUCACGCACAUCGGAGGCCUGAAGAAGCUCGAGGUUACUAAGCAGCUGUUGGACGCCGCAAGUCAAUGAAGACGGCGAUAUGUUGAAUAUCUUGACGAGCAGAGAAAGGCCCAGGCGAAAACCAUCCAAGAAAAUCGCAAGCGAAAAUGCAAAGAAAGAGAAGAGGAUUUAGAGAAGAAAAGAAUGCGGCUGUCCUGCGAAAUUGCAUCGCUGCAGUUUGAUGCCGACAAAUUUGCAAAUGAGGCAGAAGAAAAGGCUCAGCUUUUCCUGCUUGCAAAGUCUAAUGCCCUCAGAAAAUGCGCGAAAGAAAAGCAGAAGGCAUUAAAGGACGUUGAAGAUGAACUUGCAGAUCUCACUCGCAAGGCCGAAAUCUAAAAGAGCAACCCGCUUGAUACCAAAUGGGCUGAGCUUUUCUCGCGGCUAAAAUCAUUUGUACCGGGGCACACGUUUUCAAAACAUCCAUUGUUUUGGGCUUUCAUCUGUCAAACCAUUGUUUGACAUUCUUGACCUGUGUUCCCUAUGGUAAUCGCCCGGCCUGGCUUUCUGUGGCGAUGUUUCUGGUUUUAGUUGAUAGGAAGGCAGGCGAGCGCUUUAGGAGAGAAACUGAACGGCUCAGAUGAUUUAACGGGCUAAAUGACAAUACAAAUUGAAAUUGAUGAUUUGAAAAUGAGAUUCAAUUAUGUUUGCAUACGUCGCGAUAUAAUUAUGUCUGCAUACGAGCCCAAGAAAACGUCGUGUUAUUUUAACAAGAGUCCUUGUUACUAAACUACGAAUUUGAACCCAGCAUUGCCCUAUUAUGUACAGACCAUAUGUUAGAUACGAAUACGUACUGGAAAACUGAGAUCAAACUCUUGUGCAAUGCCACAAAAGUAGAAGAUAUAUUACACUUUGUUAUUAUUAUUGAAACUUUACUUGGGAAACAAACGCUUAUACGUCAAGAAAUAAAAAAAUGACACAUGGUGUGUGUACUUGUAUUUACCUUUUUUAAUUCAAACGUUUAUUUGGGAGUCCUUGAAUUUUUAUAAAACAGUCCUUGAAAAGUCCUUGAUUAUUAUUCUUUCAAAAGCGUACGAACCCUGGAUAGGAUGUAGUGAAAGGCACGCACAGAGACUCAAAGCAUUUGCUACAGAUCUCUUUCCCUACCAGAAGUUAUUAAGGUGUGAAGAGUCGUUCGCUUUCAUGUACGCCAAUCGAAAACGAAUCCUAAAUAUCUGUCAAGGGAAUGCAACGUGGGGGAAUUUCUGGAAAUAAACAUGUACUAUUUAUGGCCUC